UGGUCGCUCUAAAUAAACUUGUGCACUCUCCUGCUUGUGUAUAAUAGUUGGGUGACUACUAAACACAACAGGGGCGCCUCUAUCUUCAUUUUUCCCGCCAAAACCAAAGCCCAACUUAAUCUUUUUUUCCUCCUGUACUUGAACAAUUGGGUGUAGAUUUGAUUGAUAUACCCUAGAUUUAGCAAAAGAAACAAGACCCAGAAGUUGAAAAGAUGAGAGGAGGCACAGUUCAGAUCAAUUGGCAUGACACUAAGCCUGUUCUAACCCUAGAUUUUCACCCCUUUUCUGGGCUGUUAGCAACUGGUGGUGCUGAUUUUGAUAUCAAGCUUUGGCUAAUAAAUUCAGGAGAAGGGGAAAAGAAAGUCCCUUCGGCUACUUAUCAUAAUAGUCUUUCUUAUCAUGGAUCUGCUGUAAAUGUUCUUCGAUUCUCCCCUUCUGGGGAAGAACUUGCCUCUGGUGCUGACGGCGGUGAACUGAUCUUAUGGAAGUUACAUUCCAGUGAUGCUGGUCAAUCAUGGAAAGUCCUAAAGACAUUAUCGUUUCACCGCAAGGAUGUCUUGGACCUUCAGUGGUCUACUGAUGGGGCAUUUUUAAUAUCUGGAUCUGUAGAUAAUUCUUGCAUAAUAUGGGAUAUGAACAAAGGUUCUGUUCAUCAGAUUCUGGAAGCUCAUUGCCAUUAUGUUCAAGGCGUGGCAUGGGAUCCCCUGGCCAAAUAUGUUGCCUCACUUAGCUCUGAUAGAUCGCUUCGGAUAUGUGUCAAUAAGCCAACUAAAGCAAAAGGAAUCGAGAAGAUGAACUAUGUUUGUCAGCAUAUCGUUACUAAAGUGGAUCUUGAAGUUGUAGAUAAUUCUAAGUCUGCCAAAGGCCAUCUUUUUCAUGACGAGACACUGCCAUCUUUUUUCCGGAGAUUAUCCUGGUCACCUGAUGGAUCAUUUUUACUUGUGCCUGCAGGAUCCUACAAAAUUUCACCUGUUUCAGAACCAAUAAAUACUACUUACGUUUUCUCUCGAAAAGAACUUUCUAGACCAGCUCUUCUGCUCCCUGGUGCAAGCAAACCUGUUGUUGCAGUACGCUUCUGCCCUAAAGCCUUUAGUCUGCGUGGAACCACUGCAUCUGCAUUCUUCAAGCUUCCGUACCGCUUUAUUUUUGCAGUUGCUACGUUGAACUCUUUAUACAUUUAUGAUACAGAAAGUGUUCAACCAAUAGCAGUAUAUGCUGGACUUCACUAUGCAGCUAUAACUGACAUCUCAUGGUCACCUACCGGCAAAUAUCUCGCAAUAUCUUCCCAGGACGGUUACUGUUCUUUAGUAGAAUUUGUGGAUGAUGAGCUAGGGUCCCCCAUCUAUUCAUCAGAGGAUAAAAAUGACACAAGUAAUGAGUUUACUCCUACAAAGAAACCCGAGGAUGUCAGGAUGACGGAAGCAACAACACGUAAAGAUGAAAUUUGUAGAGAUGCUGAAGCAGAAAAUGGUGCUGGGAAACAAGCAAUUCCAGCUGAGAAGAGUGAAGAUAACCAAAAAUUGCCUGCAGAAACUGAUGCAGUGAAACAACCAUCGCCAACUGGAGACACUAAUGAGCAGAAACAAGAGUCGCCAAAAUUAGUGAAUACAGCCACUGAAGGGAAGCCUGCCAGGAGGCGAAUAACUCCGAUGGCAAUUGAUUGACCACAGGUCCCCAUGUCCACAUCCAAUUUUGUAUAUCUUCACUAAUUCUAUUCCCAUCCUAGAAGUCAAUCUACCCUUGUACUAAUAUUUCUUCAAAUCAAUUUUCUUCUGUAGCAUGAAUCGUUUGUGAGACUGGUGAACAAAUAGGAAUGAAAAGAUGUAAUCAAGAUAUUAGUAUUUUGGACAUGUAUACGGAUAACGCAUAAGCUCUAAAUUAGAAUA